AUUAAUCGAUUCAAUGUUUAUUAUUCACAGAACCUAAGAACACAUUUAAUUAAGUAUCCAACCAUCAACAAGUAAUCUUAUGAUUAUUUGUCAGAUAUGGCCUAUGCAAACCCCACUCUUGAUGUAAGUGAUGAAGUUACAGGGGAAUUUCCUAAUGAAAUUGAUGACCAAGCUCGGUUAGAAGAUAUUGAAAUAAGAUCUCCCACUUCACUCAGUCCCGAAACACUACCAACAAGCCCUGAAAGUACAGAAUCGAUUCCUACUUACGAUCUUAAUAAUGUACUGGAAGCUGCUGGGUUUGGCAGAUACCACAUUUUCUUUAUGAUUGUGCUCGGAAUGAUGUCUUUUGCUGAUGCUGCCGAAAUAUUUAUGGCGAGCGUGAUAUUAAAGGACAUGAAGUGUGACUUUGAUCUGACUCCGAUACAAGAAGCUAUCAUACCGGCCAUAGUUUUCUUCUUUUACGCUAUCGGCAGUAUAGUGGCAGGUAAGUUAUCAGACGUGUAUGGUCGUAAGAAAGUACUGCUAAUAGGAAUGGUGGUGCUAGUGAUCAGUGCUCUGUUAUCUGCCUUCGUUCCGUCCUUCUGGCUCUUCAUUUGCUGUAGAGGUGUCACUGGAUUUACAAUCGGUGCCAACUACGGGGUGUCAGUGGUGUACUUUACCGAGAUAGUUCCUAUGAAACACCGCUCAUCUGCCAUGCUGGGCAUGGAGCUCUUUUGGACAGUAGGUUCAGUGUUUGAAUGUGUGGUUGGUAUGAGUGUUAUGAAAAAGUACGGUUGGCGGGCACAAGUUGGGAUAACAGUAGUACCCUGCUUAUUUGCGCUCAUCCUCCUACCAUUUUGUGACGAAAGUGCUAGAUACUACGCAAUAUCUGGUCAGCACGACAAAGCGCUCCAAGUCUGCACCAAGAUCUGUCGUCGUAAUCGCCGCAAAUUACCUGAGGGAGAGCUGAGAGUUACUCUCGAGGAACGUGGAAAAAUGUCCUCAGUUUUUGCCCCAGAAUUACUACGACACUCCUUAAUUCUGAUCCUCAUUUUCUUCAUUAACAUGUAUCACGUAUUUUCUAUUGUCAUCCUUCUGCCAGAUGUUCUUCUAAACAACUACUGCUCCGCUUCUUCAUUCCUCGGGAGUGAAACUAAUGCUAAGGGCUGUGAAGUUCUUACCCAGGGUGAUUAUGAAAUUCUUCUUGUUUCAGCCCUGCUUUCGGUUCCCGGGUUCUUAUUGGGUACUGUUUUGGUUGAGAAACUGGGACGAAGGAAAGCAUUCGUCGUCACAGCGUUCGCACAAAUCAUUUGUUUCUGCCUAGCGUUACCCUGCUGGGGCACCUGGUUUCUUUACAUGGCCCUUGGGGCAAUGAUCAUUUCAUCCACCACCUUCAACCAGAUCUUAUGGAUCUACACUCCCGAAAGUUAUCCCACUUAUAUCCGAAACACAGCGGUUGGCACACUGAAUGCUCUCGGAAAACUGGGAGCUGCUUCUGGUACUUUCGUCGUCGAAACUUUGGAUGCAAAGGAUAUUCGAGGAAGUCUGGGGACUUUUAUUGCAUUAGGGUUUAUACUGUUGGCGGCUACCUUCCUGUUGAAGAAAGAGACAAGAAACCAAGUUCUACAAGAUACGAGAGAACAACAAGCCGGGCUAACUUACGCUACUUUGCAGGACUCCCAUAUCUGAACACAAUUUGUGGUCACGUGAUAGCAUAAUGAAUAUGAUUGGGCGCUGAUGCAUGUUGAUUGGUUAAUCGGUGUCACGUGUUCCAACAAACUUGUGUCAUACUCGCAUGAAGUGGAGGUUGUCAUCCAUCGCAGAUUUGAGAUUUGUUUGAAUGGUUAACAGGUUAAUGUAGAGGUAGGAAGGAUAGUGUUGCUUGUAUUAUAUCGUGGAUCUAGACUGUUUUUGAACAUAUUAUAUUAAAGAAAUAUUACCAGAAUCUGAGAAUCAUUUACUUGUGUAUGUUGCUGUGCAACAAGUUAAUUUAUUUAUGGGACUUCUUUAAAAUUCUUUAUUGUCGCAUUCUCAACAAAUUUCUCGAUUGUUUUGAAUUAUUAAAAUUUUCUUUGCCAGUAACUGUACUUUAAUUUGUGAAGGCUAUAUUUUAAGUUGUUUCCAAUCAGAGCUUCUUUAAAAGUUAUUUGAUGGAAUUUUCUGUAAAUUUUGCAUUAAUACUUACUACUUAUAACACUAUCGUAUAAUUAUUAAUUUAUAUUGUCAAUAUUUUCAUAAUAUUAACGAUCCCAUAUGAAGAUAUUAUCUUCACAUGGGAUCGUUCAAAUAUUAUGUAAGCAAUUUUACAACCCCAAUCCGUAAUUCAUGGCAGUUUACAUUGCAUAUUACACUAGCGUCUAGCAUACGACUACCCCAAGAGGCUAACUUACAUAAUAUUAUGUGAACGAUUCCAUAUGUAGAGCAGUGAUCAUAUUAACGUAGUAACAUUUAUUUAUUUUAAUCUUUGACAAUGAGUACAUUACUAGUUGAGGUUUUGUUUAAAAUUUCUAGGAUUAAAUCUCAUUGAGUCUGAAGACAGUUAGUGAACUAUGUAUGUACUAUCAAUUUCGUUAUUGUAACGAGGAAUGAACACAUUGCAUUUGCACUGUUUCAUUUAUAUUUAGUCUGUAUUUACUUUUUUAAAGUAUUUUUUUGUUGGUACAAUAUUACAUCGUAGUUGGGCAGUGUCGUUCCCUCAAAUUGGUAAAACCAGCGAUCCUUACGUGUCUAGGUCGUGGUGCAGCAAAUAUUAACUAUAGUGCAUCUGGGAAACUAAAACAUAAAAUAUUCUUACAAUACAAAUUUCCUCGCAAUACAAAUUUCCUUACAAUACGAGGGAAUACCGCAGUUAAAUACGUUAAUUAUCUAGCUCAUUUUAUUGAAGUGUAUGUUUUAUUUUUGGAUUAUUAUAUUUUUGUGUGGCUAUUAUUCCAAUUAUUUGUAGAAUUCAAGUAUUGAACUAUUUCUUUCA